GGGUAGAGAAGCCUAAUGGCGACCGGUGGCGAGUAGAUGGAACCACCUAGGCUGCGGGGAGAGGGCGGGACCGCCCUUAUACGGCGAGGGGUCGGCUUUGGACGGUACCACCUGUGUGGAGAGAGGGCUGCCUCGGUCCGUCCCACUUGUAGUGAGCAGAGGGUCGCUUUCGGGCGGUACCACUUGGAUGGAGCCGAGGGACUAAUCGGACGGCCUCGGUUCUGAGCUUGUUCCACCUCCUUCCCCCGGGAAUGGCGUUGUCUGGGUCGACCCCGGCCCCGAGCUGGGAGGAGGAUGAAUGCUUGGACUACUACGGGAUGCUGUCGCUUCACCGUAUGUUCGAGGUGGUGGGCGGGCAACUGACCGAGUGCGAGCUGGAGCUCCUGGCCUUCCUGCUGGACGAGGCCCCCGGCGCCGCUGGCGGUUUGGCCCGUGCCCGCAGUGGCCUGGAGCUGCUGCUGGAGCUGGAGCGCCGCGGGCAGUGCGACGAGAGCAACCUGCGGCUGCUGGGGCAACUCCUGCGUGUGCUGGCCCGCCACGACCUGCUGCCGCACCUGGCGCGCAAGCGGCGCCGGCCAGUAUCUCCGGAACGAUACAGCUAUGGCACCUCCAGUUCUUCAAAGAGGACAGAGGGCAGCUGUCGGCGCCGUCGGGAGUCAAGCAGUUCUUCAGAUUCUCACCAGGGUCAGUGGGAGACAGGCUCCCCACCAACCAAGCGGCAGCGGCGGAGUCGGGGGCGGCCCAGCGGUGGUGCCAGACGGCGGCGGAGAGGGGGUCCAGCUGCCCCCCAGCAGCAGCAGGAGCCAGCCAGGCCUGCCUCUGAAGGCAAAGUGACCUGUGACAUCCGGCUCCGGGUUCGAGCAGAGUACUGUGAGCAUGGGCCAGCCUUGGAGCAGGGUGUGGCAUCCCGGAGGCCCCAGGCACUGGCGCGGCAGCUGGACGUGUUUGGGCAGGCCACUGCAGUACUGCGCUCAAGGGACCUGGGCUCCGUGGUGUGCGACAUCAAGUUCUCAGAGCUCUCCUAUCUGGACGCCUUCUGGGGUGACUACCUGAGUGGUGCCCUGCUGCAGGCCCUACGGGGCGUGUUCCUGACUGAGGCCCUGCGUGAGGCUGUGGGCCGGGAGGCUGUCCGCCUGCUGGUCAGCGUGGACGAGGCCGACUAUGAGGCUGGCCGGCGCCGCCUGUUGCUGAUGGAGGAGGAGGGGGGGCGGCGCCUGACGGAGGCCUCCUGAUCCCGGAUCUGGCAGGACUGACCCCACCUCCGAGUCUCCGGGCCACCUUCACCCCUGGAGGACAACCAUCUCUGCCCCUAGAGGACUGUCACUUCAGCAGCUGAGGACUGUGACCGGACCAGGAUGGCACUCCCCUUGACAGCCCCCUUGCACAGGAUGUGGGCUCUGAGGCCUAAACAAACCACUUCCAGCUGAGUUUCCUUCCCAAACUCCCCCCACCCUCGUGUGUUCCCUGAGCCUCUGGCAGCCAGGUGCCCCUGUGUCCCUGAAGGGAGGGAGGCGUAGCCACACACUCACCAAUGGCCCCCUGCACAUCGUGUCUCUGAUCUUGGGCUGUCUGCACGUGCAUGCGUGCGCACACACUCAUACACACUGCCCCCUCUGAAAUCUUCCCACAGCCCCUGCCCUGGCCUGUUCCACACACUUCUUUGGCCUAAGGGCUUCUCUCUCAGGAUCUCUGAUUUGACCACCCCCAACCUGGACUUCAGCCACACCAGUGGGCACUGGAGCUAGGGUGCUCAUGGGGCCUGCUCACUUUUCCCACACAUCUCUGGCUGGGGCUCUGCCCAGCUUCCACACACAGACCCAGCUCUCCUCACCUUCUCUCUGCUUCCCAGAGCUAGACACAGACUCGCACCCAGACCCUCACACGUGGGUGUUGUGGCAGCAUCAGACCAAGGCCUGCUGUUGCCCAUGGGGCCAGGACCACGAAACAACUGCCUUCUUGAAAAGGGAAAGCAGAGGUUUGGGGGCUGAUGGGAAAGACCUUUCUCAAAUGGCACCAAUAAAACUGCCCUGGAAGGGGCAUAGGUGGGCAUCAGGCUUUCUAGGACUCUUUUUUUUUUUUUUUUAAUUUUUCUCUUUUUUUAGAGAUGAAGUCUUGCUGUGUAAAGAUCUAAGAUUUGAGGUUCUUCUCUAUUUGGGGCUACCUGUGCUUGGAGGUGGGAGCUGCUGCUUACUUUAGCCUCUACUGGACUCCCAACUAUGGGGCUAAAUUCCAGGAUCCGCGUCUCAAGCCCUGAGUAUUGUCUCCUGCCGCUUUUGAGUGACGGACCCCGCCCCCUGACUGGACACGUCCUGGCCUCCGCCCCCUGCUUCAGUUCCAGGCCCAGGCUGGUCUCGAACUUCUGGGUUCAUGUGGUCCUCCCACCUUGAUAAGUGCCUCCCAAGUAGCUGGGACUAUAGACUCAUGCUAUGACGCUUGGCUUUGGAUUCUUGAUGUGCUAAGAGGAGGAGUGUUCCUGGCCCAGUGUUAGGGGCUAGAGGGUGGGCGGGAUGCUAGAUAUCUGCCAUCUGCUACCACACGCUUAUCGUACUCUCUGGACCUCAAUUUCCUCAUCUGUCAAAAAGUAGGAAGUACAGUACUGCCUUGGAGUUAUAAAUUCUUCCAGCCCUGUC